AUGUUAUUUUCGGCUGCUUUAAUCUUUUCGCCGUCCUACACUGCAGAUGCGGCGUCUGCGGUCGCGAAUUCGGUAUGCGUUGCCGCCUUAUUGCGCAUACCAGACGUCAUACGGGUGAGCGUCCGUUUCCAUGUGCGGACUGUGGCCGAGCGUUUUCGGAUCGUGGCAAUUUGCAGCGACAUCGCUAUACACAUUCCAGCCAACCUCGCUUCCACUGCUCGGUUUGCGGCUUCGUGUUUGUCCAAUCACCGUCGAUUCCACUGUGCUGGUGCCUCCGGCCGUCCUUGCCCAUUUUGCCAACGCUCGUUUCGUUCUUCGUCGAGCCUGCAAAUGCACAUCCGUUGGAAGCAUCGUGCUGAUGCUGCUGCUGCCGUGGCAGCUGCGGCUGCCGCAGCUGUCGCAGUUAGUGGGUCGGCUACUUCCACCUCGUCUAUUUCGGAUGCGUUCAAUCAUCUGCCCGGUUUAUCCUAUGUCCCCACGGCGACAACUAUCAAUGGACUGUCAACCAUGUCGCUUAACGGAGUGUCUUCAUCCGGACAACUUGCGGGCGUAUUAAGCCAGCUUGUUACCACAAGUUCCGGUUCGCCAAACAAACGCAAGUGGCGCCGGAAGCCGAAACCGAAGCAGAACGCAUUUGGAAAGCUAGACGGAAGUACUCGGAAUAUUCUGGCCGGGAUCAAUUUAAGUGAAGGAAUCGAUGUGAAUGCGGCGGCUGCGGCUGCUGGCGCGGCAGCUGCGGCUGUCGGUGGUCCGGUACCCCUUGAUCGUAAGGGUCGUCCGUGCAAUUUCCCCUGUCCAGCCUGUCCGCGACGUUUCGCUUUCCAGUGUCGCUUGGCGGCACAUUUACGCUGUCACACAAACGUGCGCCCGUUUAUUUGCAUUGAUUGCGGUCGCGCAUUCACUCAACGCGGUUAUCUAGUCCGACAUGCCGCAGUGCACAAGUUGGAUCGUCCAUUCUCGUGCGAAUUGUGCGAUCGGUCGUACAAACACUACGGCUCCCUGGUUAAUCAUCGGCGGACGCAUAGCAAGUUAAACGCAUCUACUUUGAGCAAUAUUGCUCUGUUAUCCGGGACGGGUUUGGAUCAUCUGGGGUGUGAUGGUGCUACUGGGACCGUGACCGGUCUGUCCAGCCUAGAAGAGGUAGUCGGUGGUGCACUACAUCGUACGGAUAAAAGCGAUGGCACGGAUGCUUUGGGUGUGACCUCCACUUCAGCCACAACCAUCACCUUACUCCCCGUUACAAAAGUGGAGGAAAUACUUCCCGGUGAUGUAGGUGGAUCUUUGCACCAAGUUUGUUUGCCCUCGGUCGCUUGCCAACCCGGCUCAACGAUGGGUAGUGUAUUGAGUAUGUCAGACGGCCAGCAACAAUCACAGCAACAUUUGGAAUCCGAUCAAAAUGCACAAAAUCAUCCCCAUGUGCCCCUUUCUCAUCAGUUGACGGCAACCGCUGUGUGGCCUAUUUUGACCUCCGGAAGUGGUGGGACCAGCGGACUGGGUACCGUAACACAAACACACCCCACCACGGGCCAACUAAUUCAAUCUAGCCUUGCGCAACCGCAGUCCAUGGUUUCCGGGUCCCAUUUCUCCACUUUGACGAUCUCACCCAGUCAACCGACUACCCAUCAGCUGUCUGUAGCCAGCGCGACCGCCCAGCAAGUAAAUACGACUGCUGUCAGCUCGGUUUCAUCCGUGGGCACACCAGCGUUUGUUACUGUCCCCCUUUUCAGUGGUCAGUCCCAACCCGGUGCAGACACUACAGAAAGCAGUUCAACUACCUUGUCUAAUUCGCAUUCCCAUCACCAUCCGUUUCACGGGGCUAGCGCACUUGUGAGCACAAGUGUGGCUACAGGAUCUGACACAGGACAACAACAGCAACAACAAUCCCAUCACCAGAAUGCGCCUCAGACUACCGCUCAGCAUCCACAAACUACACACCAGACAACAAGUCAACCGCCAUCCAGUGAUUCGAACACUACGCCGGUUCUACACGUGCUGCAACCGUCACCAAGCAUUUUCUUCUCCCCCUAUUAUUUGCCGCAUACGGCCGCCUCACAAAUGUAA